AAAAUUAUAAAAAAUUAUCAAAAUCGUUUGUUUUUAGUUUUUACAAUUUUAUUUUUUUUUUUUAACAAAAAUCUUCAAAGCUACUUUCAAUAUAAUCAUUAUUUUUUAUCGAGUCUAAUAAAUUAAAAACAAGCCAAUAAAUUAAUCAAAAAUUGUAAAACUACAUUCUGCCCCCUUUCAAAUGCUUUCGAGCUUUGCAGUACUUUAAACGGCAAAUUUAAUCACAAAGUGUCCGUGUUUUGCGAUUAAAUUAAACUCGGCCAUAGAUAAUUUUCUAAAGUAAUUCCAACAUCAAAUAAGCAGACAGUGCCAUGAACAAGAUAAUGUACAACAAAUCAGCAUAAAUAAAAAUUAUUGAACAUAAAAUAAUACCAAUAUGCCUGUAGCUUCCUAGACUAAAUACAAGAAACCAAUACAAGUUUCCAAAGGACAGAAGAAAAAAAAAACAGGAUAGAAGACUGUUGCUACCGUUAUGUCUAAAGGGAUAGUUAGACAACUAUCCAAAAAUACUAAAUAACUAAAGAAAAAAGAAAGACCCCCAAAAAUAUCUAGAGUGAGUGAUGUUUUAAAUUACACAAAACCGUAAUAAGAAGAGAAAAUUUGAAAAAUUCUGCCGCCUAAAAAAAAAAAUUUGGCAGCCCUACCAUAGUUGUCAAGAGAAAAUCAAUUGCAACAAAACAAAGAAAAAACCAAACAGACCACAACAAGUCAUGAAAAUCAUAAAAAUACAAAAAAUAAAUAACGACUAAGGAAAAAUCUUCAAGAAAUUACUCACAUCGUCCACAUGCUAAGCCGCCGCAGUCGCAGGAUUAAAAUAAUCAUCAAUUAAAACGCCCUACUCCUUUCGGUGCUCCAGCAAAUUAAGCUCUUUCGCUCUCUACGACGAAUUGUGAAACGGGAAUUCGCCUAAGGAUAAGAAACAUCUAAGCAUCAUUAAGCUGGUUAGACGCUGCCCUUCCCCCUCGUUUUCCUUCUCGUUACACCACCCACUCACAUUGAAAAAACAAAAAAAAAAAACCAGAACCAAAAAUCCCUUCCGGCCAGUUACCAGUUAAACCAACCAACAACACACAUUCACCACUACUCUCACUACCACUACUACUAGUAUACUACAAUACGGCAGCUUUUCCUUUUUUGUGUAUAAAAAAAAGCCAGUGUCUGUGUGUGCAUAUGUGUGUCUGUAUAUCUCUCUCUCUCUCUCACUGGUAUUUGUUUGAAUAGGCGCCCAGCAUUAUAAGCCACAAACGCUAGAGAUUUUUGUUGUUGAUUUGUAUUAAAGCCAAAAAGAAAAGAGAAAAAAAAAGGAAAAGAAAAGCAAAGCAAAAAUCAGCCAAAAAGCAAAUCAUCGUUUACCAUCCAUACCCUCGCAAGACGAAGAUCCUAUCCAAAUCCAGUAAAAACGCUUUGAAUACAAACUCAAAACAUGGCCGCUAUGGUUAAUAUGACCAGCCUGUUGAAUGGCAAAGAUUCACGUUGGCUCCAGCUAGAAGUAUGUCGUGAAUUCCAAAGGAAUAAAUGUUCCCGCCAAGAUACCGAAUGUAAAUUUGCCCAUCCGCCUGCAAAUGUUGAAGUGCAAAAUGGCAAGGUGACCGCCUGCUAUGAUAGCAUUAAGGGUCGUUGUAAUCGUGAUAAACCGCCUUGCAAAUAUUUUCAUCCUCCACAACAUUUGAAGGAUCAAUUAUUGAUAAAUGGCCGUAAUCAUCUUGCCUUGAAAAAUGCUUUAAUGCAACAAAUGGGUAUUGCACCAGGACAGCCAGUUAUACCAGGACAAGUGCCAGCAGUGGCAACAAAUCCUUAUUUGACUGGCAUACCUGCUAACACAUACAGUCCAUAUUUUGCCCCUGGUCAUUUAGUGCCUGCCUUAUUGGGACCCGAUCCAUCGGCCGUUGCAUCACAAUUGGGACCCGUGGUACCGCAAGCGGUCCAAGUGGCUCAACAGAAAAUACCACGUUCCGAUAGAUUAGAGGUUUGCCGAGAGUUUGUACGCGGUGCUUGCAAACGUGCCGAAUCUGAAUGCCGUUUUGCACAUCCGCAGGACACUGUGGCCCGACACGAUGAUGGUUCCAUUACGGUGUGCAUGGACGCCGUAAAAGGUAGAUGCACACGUGAUCCCUGCCGCUAUUUUCAUCCUCCCUUGCACCUACAGGCACAAUUAAAAGCGGCGCAUUCACGCGCCACCGCUGUUGCUGCAGCCGCUGCGACUGCACCUGUUUCCGUUUCUGCUGCAACUUUGUCACAUCACCACCAACAACAACAACAUCAUCUUCACCAACAACAAUUACAACAUCACCUCCAACAACAACAACAACAAACGACUACUACCACCACCACCAAUACCCUAAACGGCUCUGCACUAAUGGCCACACAACAACAACAGCAGCAGCAACCACACCAUCAGCAACAACAACAGCAACAAACAAAUAUGGCCAAUGCAGCAGCAGCUGCUGCUGCAGCCAAUGCUGCAGCUGUCGCGGCCAUGUCCUUAGGCCAACAACAUCCCCUAGAAGUGGGCAAGAAACGUGCCGCCGAUACAGACAUGUUUCAAUUGAUGGAUGUUAAAGCGGUUGGUUCAUUUUACUAUGAGAAUUUCGCUUAUUCUGGCAUGGUACCCAUCAAACGUCCUGCUGCUGAAAAAUCUGGCAUUCCUGUGUAUCCUGGUGCGACCACAUACCAACAGUUAAUGCAAUUGCAGCAGCCAUUUGUACCAGUCUCAUGUGAGUAUCCAACUCAAAAUAGCACAAGCUCUUCUACUACUGCUCCUACUACUACUACUACUACCAAUUGUAAUACUACUACUAUUACUACUACCAAUAUUAUCAAUUGUAAUUCUACUACUACUACUGCUGCUAAUGUUGCUAGUGCUGCUGCUACAGCAACACCAAUAUCAAAUACAACAACAAAUACAGCAUCGACAACACCAUUAUUAGGUGCUAAUUUAACACAACCCCAUCACCACCACCACCACCACCACCAACAACAACAACAACAGUUACACCAACUACAACAACAACAACAGCUGUAUUUACAAAACCCAUCCAAUACACCAUCAUCCGCAUCCUCUUCCGCCCAGACACACAACCAGAACAACAACACAAACACUAUUUUAAAUACCAACACCAAUAUCCCUCCACCACCACCACCAAUCCAAUCCCAGUUGUCCAUUAAUCACAACACCACCACCACUACCACCAACAACAACAACAACACCAACACUGAUAUUAGUAAUUCUAGUUAUAGUGCAGUGUCAGAAAUGUCGGCAAACACAAAUGCUAUAAAUGCAACAACAACAACAACAACGACAACUACUGCUAGUAGUAGUAACAAAAAUAGUAAUUUGACCUUUAAUAAUGCUAGCAUUAACAAUUAUGACAACAACAAUUGUAGUAGUAACAACAACAACAGCAACAAGAACAGUAAUAGUGAGAACAACAACAAUAUUAGUAAUAAUAAUAAUAAUAACAGCAACAGCAACAACAAUAAUAAUUGUCUAUCGUAUAUUAAUAAUAAUUUAAACAAUAGCCCUAGUCAUAAGUCAAGCCCCUACCAUCCAAGUAGUCCUACCACCACCACAACCACCAACACCAAUAAUGCAUCAACAGAUGCCUCUGAUUCUAAUGAUCCCUCAGAGACCACUGGCUCUGCCACCGUAGAUUCUAAGGCCUCAGGCCAUUCACCUCCCUCAACACCAUUAGAGGGCUAUUACAACAGUCAGCACAGUAGCUCAUCUGGGGUCGAGGCCUGCGAUCAGGAUAUGCCAGUUAAUGAGAGCAAAGCCUCGACACUCAAUGAAAAUGAAACUCAGAGUAGCAAUAAGUUCAAUGAGGGCAUUACUACAGUCAACUCUGUGGCCACUGCAUCCGCCAAUACCCAAGUUAGUUUUGCUCGUAGCUCCUCCAUGCACAUGAAUGGCGCCAGCAAUUCUUCACUCUCCUCCAUUUCGCCCUCUAAAAGGGACUUGAAUGGUCACCAUGAUUCGUUGACCCCAAAUGGGUCCGCCUCCAUUUCAACCUCCUUGCACAAUGGUUAUGGCUCGAAUUCGAGCAUUGCCACACAAUCUACAGGCAUUUUACCUACGCCUCCCUUGCCAGCCACCUCGUCGGUGGUAACCAAUGCCUAUCAGGCCCAACAGAAUAUGCAACGUUUGUAUCAGUCAUAUAACGCUGCAGCAGCGGCGGCUGCAGCAGCUGCAGCUACUUCGUCGGCUUCAUCGCAUUACGCCUCGGCUAUGAGCAGCUAUGCCAACUCUUUGCCAGUUUCCACCAUAACAUCCACCGUACCCCAGGCUAUCACAGUACCUUCGUAUACCACAGCCACCGCCUAUGGUUAUAGUGCCGGCUAUCCUGUCUCGAGCAGUGCCAGCGGCUAUUAUGCCGAUGCCGCUGCUCUGGCCAAAGAAGUGGCUCAGAAGAACUAUGCCAAUGCUGUCAAGGUGGCCAAUGCCAAUGCCAAUUCGCUGACAGGCAAGCCUUUGACAGCGGCCCCAGCUCCGGCCGCCUACCCAAGCAUGACCUUGAAUAAAAGCUAUAUGACAGCGGCGGCAGCUCAUAAUACAGCAGUGCCCUCUCCUUCGAUAAUGGCCCAACACGCUGCCUUUAUGCAGGCCCAUGCUGCACAACAGCAAGCGGCCGCACAAAUGCGUUCGCUGAAUAGCUUGUCCAGCCCGGCGGGGUUAGUUUCACAAGUGAGUACACCGGUGCAUAGUGCAAAUCCUGCUGCUGCUACCGCUAGUGCGGCUGCUCUUUUACAACGGCCUCCCACAGCGGCUGCUUCGGCCGCUGCUGCUGCUGCUAGCUAUAUGCAGGCCGCCCAAAACGCCGCUCUAAUGCGCGGGCAGCCGAUGACCUUGCAAGCGGCCCAAGCUGCCCAGUCACAAUAUGCCGCCCAGACACAGUAUGCCGCCCAAGCCCAAUAUGCCGCCCAUCCUCAAUAUGCUGCUGCUGCCCUGCAACAACAGCAACAACAACAACAACAGCAGCAGCAACAACAAGCUGCCUAUUUCUUUCCUAGCAUGAUGCCCGGCUACCCAGCGUUCGCCGCUAUGGGAGCUAUGCCAACAGCUGCCACCGCCCUACCAGCUGGCAUGACUCAUGCAGCCUCCGCCGCCCAAUAUGCAGCUGCAGCCGCAACAGCAGCCAAUCCUGCCGGUUCCAGCAGCGCGCUAGUCCUGAAUCCCUUCAAAAAGAUGAAGACCUCUUAAGUUGGAUUCCGAAGACUCUCGAAGGUCAUGGGGCCAGCAGGCAAACGAAUUAAAGCUUUUUUUUGCACUUAAAACGAAUGGCAAAAAAGCUUUUUCACUUUGACCAUUUUGAAGACUUUUCUCAAAGGACGCUCAAAGGACUUUCUCGAAAGCCAAAUGGCUUUUUUUUGACGAGCUUAGACUACGAAAAAGUUUUCCCUUUUAAUAACCAUUAAGUUAAUGUACUUAAAAUAAAUGUUUAAGAAUGUUUUUCUCUUUUCAUUUUGAUUAGGAAAAAUGUAAUAGUAACGAAACAAAUUGUGCCUAAGUUUCCAGGAAAAGAAAAUCACGAAAAACCCAAUGAAAAAGUAAACAAACAGCAAGUGUUUAUUAUUUUUUUUGUUUUUUUUUUUUUUGAUAUUUUUGUUUUUAUUAGUCAAAAAAACAAUUUGGGUCUACUUUUCCUCCCAACAGUCCCACCAAGCCCAGUUUCAAUUUAAGCCACUUGUAGGGUUUCUUAUAUGGAAUAACAUAUGGAAAUUGUCUUUGCUCUCUAUAGCUUAUAGAAAAUUUUAAUUAUAUCUAAAUUAUUUUUUAAAAUAACAACGGAUCAUGCUUUUAUCAGGCUUUUAAAUUACACCAAGAGGUUCCAAGAUAAUUCCUUAAAAUUUAUGCAGGAAAAUUAAAUAACCCUUGUAAUAUUUUAAAGCUCUUCAUUUGAAAAUGCUCUCAAAUAAAUUUUUAAUUGAUAGAAAUCUUAUUUAUAGAGAUUCUAAGAGAAUCAUAUAAAUUCUAGUUGCCGAUAUACCAUUUAAUAUGACUUUUUAAUUUAUCCUUCAUUUGAAGAAGUUUUUUUUUUCUUAAAAUAUUUCCCAUCUAUAUAACCAACAUUUUCUUACCUUCUAUCAAAAAAUUUCAAUUAUACAAAAAAAGCUUUUUUGAAACAAAUUUCAGAAAUUUCUCAACAAUAAAUCCUAUCAGUUCUUUAAGAAAAAAACAACAUACUUUCAAUCAGGGCUGCGGAGUCGACCGAAGUCGAGUUUUUAAGGUCGGAGUCGAAGUCUGAGUAGGACUAUUGAGCCGGAGUGGUAGUUUGGUUCGAAGUAGAGCACAUUAGCCCCGACUUCGAACCGCUCUCCGACUCCGGCUUAAUACUCCGACUUCGUCUAAGACUCCAACCCAGGGUCGGAGUCGAGUGCUAGACUCCGCAGCCCUGAUUUCAAUAUUUUAUUGGAGUUCCAUAAAACCAAGAAAAUUCCUUACAAAAAAAUUUGUAAAUGCAUUAAUCUUUCUUUUUGUUGUUCAUAAAAGUUUCCUAAAAAUGCUCUCCCAUAAAUAAAACAUCAUAUUUUUUGGGAUUUUUCAAUGAGUUAAAAUUUUUACUUCCACUCAGGGUAAUGACCAUCCAAAGCACCUUCUUUGAAAACCUUAAAUCUGUAAUAAAAAAAUACUCCUUAUUUUUUAGCAUAAAAAUAGUCAUUAUAGCUAUUCCUUUACUAAUAAUUCACAAAAAUGCUUUCAAAUACUCAUUUAUCAUAGAGCUAGUUUAUUUUGCACUUUAAAAGCUUGCAGUUAUAUUUGGUGUUUUGCUUCAAUAGUAAAAGCUCUAUUGUAUCUUGCAAUUUGUUAUACGAUUAUUCAAUACAAAAUCCUUCAAUUUUAGUUUAUUAUAUUUUAAAGCUUUGCAGAUAAUCAUAGGAAAGUAGAGAAAUUCUCUUCAAAACUAUAGACAAACAAUCUUGAUAUUGUUCUCCAAAAAGCUCUAAUUUAUGAAGCUUUUGUCGCUGAAAUAUUUGUCUCUAAUUUAUGAAGCUUUUGUUGGUGGAAUAUUUCUCUCAGUUUAUUAUCUUGUGGAAUCCAUGAAUGCAAGUUCUGAUUACAUAGCGCACUUUUAUGCAAAAUAACAUAAGAUGUUUUAUUUUUUGCCAUUAAAUCCUAAUAUAAGAAGAAUUUUCAUACGUUGUUGAGGGUCUUUUUCUCAUUUUAUGAAUUUUAUGAAGAUAAUUUUUUUUUUGCUAAAAAUUACCGGUUUUGUUCAAAAACUGGUGGCUUCACUUUGAUUUUCCCAACGAAUUCAAUAUUGUUUCGAUACAAAUUUAUUUUCUUUAAAAAUUUUAAUUUUAUUCUUAUUUCGUCGAUUUUUUCAUAAUUCUUUGUGCCUUGUGAAGUCAUUUAGCUCAUAGGAUCUGCCUUUGC